CGGAAUUUUUCGUAUGCUGAAGAAUACCACUUUGGUUACUUAAAUCCAAAUGUUCAUCCAUUAUACAACUUUUGCAAGGUUUUCAGAUAAUUUUGUAUUCUCUUAUAGGGCUAUAAGUAAAAAUCGCAAAAUUGCGCUACAUAGGUGGGUGUCACCAAAGGGUGCUAUAGUGAACGUCCUCUUCAGAGUACCUUUGAAGUGUUGUGUGCACAAACGGAAAACUAUCAUACAUAAUCCAUAAUCACCUUCGAAUAGACAUACUCUCACAAUUAACAGCAUUAAAAUCUGCAUAAUACCAUAUCCAUAUAAAAACGCGAACGGUUUAAGGUCAAAACUCAAUGCAUUGUCGUACGAACUAUCCAUACGCAUAGAACCGGUGAAAGGAAAUGGAAGAAUGUAUGAUUUUUUUCCGUUUUCUCAGUAAAAUGAAAUGUCUAAGUAACUGUUAAAUUACAUUCAAUUAAUAUUCGUGGACGAUAAAUUCAUUCAAAAUGAUAGUGAUUGUUGUAGUGGUGUUUGGAUUUUUUGGAGCGAUAGAAGAGUGCUGUCAUCAGUAGAUGUGGAUCGGAUUGACCGAAUAGGAAAAGGGGUCGCUGACAUGGCAAUUGUCCUUCUCGCAACUAGCCAACAUGACAAGAUCAAGACUUCCAUUUCCUUCAAAUUCCCUGUCAGACCCAAAUCUACCCCUACCAAGCCUUCCAGGGCCGCCUGAGCUACCGGAGAUACCUGAACUACGGAACAUACCAGAGUUACCAGAUCUAUCCAAACUCCCUACACCGCAGUAUUUCUUGCAACAUCUGCUCAAUGUGACAGCUGAAGAACUGUUGGAUGUCGUUGCAAAUUUUGGAUUCGAUGAAGUCCUCUAUAGAGAGGUGAAUUUCCUCCAUUAUCUUCCAGAUGGUACUACGACUAAAUAUAAGAUAAACGAGACAAGGUUUGACGUCAGCAAUGAUCGUCCAUUGAAGGUGGCCAUCCAUGGGUGGCAGUCAACAGGUAGCGACGACUUCAUCAAGCAUUUCGCAGAGUCAUACCAUUCGAUUGGCAUUAACAACGUGAUAGGUGUUGAUUGGUCACCCCACUCUAAAAGGAACUACCUACAUUCAGCCAGAGCCACGAAGAAAGUGGGUGAAACUGUAGCACAGUUCAUUUUAAAUGCUCUAGGAAAUGAUUCAAGCAAACUGGACCAUGUUCACAUUAUUGGACACUCGUUGGGUGCUCAGGUUGCAGGAUUUGUCGGAAAGCAUGUCCAACAGUUGACCAAUGGAUUAAAACUGGGAAGGAUCACGGCCUUGGAUGCAGCAGGUCCACUAUUUGAAUUGCCCUUGAAGUUGCCAUCCACAAGAAGAGUGAAUAAAAAUGACGCAACGUACGUGGAUAGUAUCCACACCAAUGUUGGGUUUUUUGGAUUCCUGGCACCAUUCGCAGAUGCUGACUUUUUCAUAAAUUUCGGAGGGCCUGUACAGCCUGGGUGUAUGGAACUAAAUAUUUUUGAUGCGUUUAGCUGUAGUCACGGAAAGUCCGUCGUGAUUUAUAACAACACAAUCACUUCCAAAGACUACAUCGGCAUACAAUGCAGCAAUCCAUUGAGAGCAAUUUCAUCACUUUGCAAUAAUAACCAGAGGAUUGUGGUGGGAGAACAUACCAGUAAUAGAGUAGCUGGUCAAUACUUUGCGAGAGUGGAUGCUGAUGGCCAGCCCUAUCAAAACAAUGGCAGCAGAGGGCUAAUCGGCAGGUCCAGAGAUAGCGUCUUGCAAGGAAUUGGAGGGCUUCUUAAGAUAUAAGUCAAAACAAUAAAAACAUAUUUAACCUUA